AUGGCGAUGCUGGGCCGCGGGCGGCGGCGCGCGGCCGCUGCAGCUAGGCGGCUGGCCCGCGAUGCGGCGGCGGCGUCGCCGGCAGCCGCCGCGGCCGCCGACCUGGCGCUCGACCGCCUCUCGGACCGCCAGCUGGAGCUGCUGGCGGCGGCGGUGGCGGCCGGCGGCGGAGGCGGCGCCGGCGCCGGGGGCGGCUGCGUGCUUGUCGAGGCGGCCGACCUGGCCGCGCUCUGCUGCCGCGCCUGGCGCUGGGACGACCUGGAGCCGGACCAGCUGAGGCCAGCCCCCCACUGCGCAGCCGUCAGGGACCCCGUCUACCACUGCGCCAACCCCUACCACUGGAGCAGGCUCUGUCCGCUCGAGUCACCUCCUCCCCCGUACUGCAGGUUCCCCAAAGAGAAGCUUAGACCUGAAGAUCGAGCUCCUAGUGAAAAGAAAAUGUUCCCGGGUUCGCUGACGACCAACGGCGAAGGUGACGGGUUCGGCGGCGGACGCGUGUGGUGCAAGCUCGCUUACUGGGAGCUGGCGACACGUGUGGGGCGGCUGUUCCCUGUGGAGGCGGCCACCGUCAGCGUCUUCUCGGCGCCGCACGCGGGCGACGGGCUCUGCAUAGAGGCACUCGCGCCCUCGGCCGCCCACGAUGCCGUCCGGCGCACCCGCCCCAAGAUAGGGCUCGGUGUGACCCUGAGCCUGGAGGGAGACACGGUGUGGGCGCACAACCGCAGCAAGGCACCCAUCUUCGUCAACUCGCCGACCCUGGACGACCCGGACUCGCGGGCGCCCCUCGUCUACAGGGUGCCGCCCGGCUACUGCCUCGACAUCUUCGACCGCAGCAGAGCGGUGCCGGACCGCUGCGCCGAAGGGCCCGUCGACCCCAACUCGGUGCGCAUCAGCUUCGCCAAGGGCUGGGGCCCCAAGUACUCCCGCCAGGAGGUGACGGCCUGUCCCUGCUGGCUCGAGGUGCUGCUCGCGCCCUGCAGGUGAUGACAGCUGCCAGUGGAACGACACACUUCCCCACUGUCGAACAUCCGAGCGAGUGCACAUCACGGCACGUGCGACUACCGUAAAGUGUCGAAGCUUCACCUGUGCAGUGGAAAGUCGCUCGGCGCGUACUGCCGGCGUAUACCGCAAGAUCGACAGGGUCCGGAGUCCUCGAGGGUGUCGGACCGUCUCUCGACACAAACGGUUCGGGCGACUGCGCGUCGUGCCGGGGGUUGCCGAAGCACCGACUCUCGUGUAGACGGAUAAGUGUGAUACGACUGCUUUGUUUUUUUUCGACUGCUGAAAUCGCAGAACGAGGGUUGUGAUCGAAAACUCAGGGAUCGGCUCGGUGGUCGAUAAUUUUUGUUUUAAACCUUCCCCUCCCCUACACGCUCCUGAACAUUAACGGAGACUGGACAGAAGAAAGACAGUGAAAGUGAAGCAGAAUUACAUAAAUAGUGAGUAUUCUUCAGGGGUGACAUUGCUACUGUAAGCACUGUAGUGCCUUCCUCGACUCGUCGUGGCGGACGUCGAGUGUCUCGGAUGUCUGCGGCAGGGCAGACGAUUCAGUGCACACUGCCGGCUCUGCCCGGCACGUCUGACGCUGUGUUCUGGGAGGAGCACAGCGGUGUUUGUGCUCGUGCCAGGGAAGGGAGAGCUUGCUUUUUUUUCUUCUGCAAGGUGCCUUGUGAUAGUAGUGCGGGAAGGUGGCGUCUACGCGAGAGCUGACUGAGGGGGUACCUCAGAGGGGCAUCGUAGGCCUCUGAAUUUCUGCUCAGUGUUUACCAGAGCUAUUUUGUAUAUUACGUUUGUAAAGUAUGGAACGGAUUAAAGUUACGCAUAUACAUAUAAAUAUAUAUAUAUAAAAAUAUAAAUAAUAUAAAUGGAAAUACCACAUGUUAUACAUAAUGUACAGUGUAUCGAGAUUGUUCUCUCCGGCUUAUGUGAAUAAUUAAGCAGUUUGUCUGUGGUUUUCAGCACUAUCUUGUAAAGCUGCAAUAAUUGACAUUUUGUGGUCUGUUCUGCAGGCUUGUGCCUUUUUUUUUCUUUAUUUUUCUUCUUCUACGAAAUCUCUUUUACUCCACAUUUUGUUCAAGUAGGUCUUUUUAUUCUUUCUUCUGCUGUCCGUAAAUCCUCCUGUAUUUUAUCCAAAGCGCUUUCAUAUUCAUAAACUUGCUUGCCAAAAUCUGUUGAACAAUGUUCAGCUUGUUUUUCCCACUUUUCCACUUUUAGUUUGUUUCCUCUGUAUCGAACAUUUUAUCUUCUUAGACUUUCGUGUAAUUCCGUAUUGACUUCAAUUCAGGUUUCAGUUUUUGUGCUGAUUCACACUUAUAAUUUUUAUCAUUCAGUUCACUUGCUUCCUGUCCAUACGAGUCCAUCAUGUUGCGAAGUUUUGCCAGCUCGUAAGCUUUUUCUUGGGAGAUUUCUCUGUGCUGCAGACUUAGAGAGUAAUUUAAUCUGUAUAUUCAUAUGUCACAUAUGAAUGUAAAGAUCUUACAGAGCUAUAUAUUCAAAUGUCACACACGAAUGUAUGAAUCUCGAACAGGAGUUAAAUUGAGCAAAAGAACAAUUCAGAAUUUUGAAUCGAGCUGUAAUUUAAGUUUACAUACUUCCGUAAUUUGUAAGACAGAGCAUUUUUGUUGCUAAAUGAAGGGAGACUGGAAGAAACACUUCAGUGGUGUCGUAUUCCGUUGUGGUUUGUCCAAAGAAUUUGUCUGGAGAUUGUAGCUGAACACCGCUGGAAGACUACUGAAAUAGACUCCACUUUCUAAAGCUGCCUACUGUGAUAGCGCUGUUAUCAUUUGCAAUUUUUUUUUACACAAGUUUUUAUUUAUUCAUCAAGCCUGCAGCACAGAGCAUUUUAUAUCUAGUCUGAAACACUGCUCCUCAUCAUGCAGUAAAACAAAAUUAAAGAUAGUAAACAGACGAAUUCCUCACCGCCUUUGCCACUUGUGGCACUAUACAGUUCAAAGUCCGGGUAACAGUAGAGAGGAAGCAAGUGCAAUUCAGAUAGGUAGGUAGGUGGCCACAUGUAGCAGCCAGUAGGUAAAUGUGAGCUGUCCAAAGAUAUUAAUUUAAAUAUUCAGCGGCCUUCACUGAUUCGAUGAGCUUUCAGUGUAACUUUCCAGAGAAAAUGGAAACUGAUAUUGCCUUUUUUUUGUAAAAAAAAAAAAAAAAAGAAAGUAUAAAUACGUGCAAUAAGAAGAGUUGGCAAUGUUAAGAUAAAAAAGAAAAAAAAGCACUUUUGUUAUCAAUUAUCAGAAUUGUAUUGUUUGGGAUGGUUAUUUGGUGAGAAAACAGUGCCUUCAGUGUUGUUAAAAUAUUAAACUUCCUUCAAUGCUGUGAAAAUAGUUGCUAGUUCUUCUGGUCCAACAAGAUAUGCCUUCACCAUUUUGCCUUCAUGUGAUAGAAAGGUAGGAGUUACAUGGCAGUGGAGAGAGAAAGUAAUUUUGAAAUUUUUGAAAAAAAUUGUAUUAAAUAGAUGACAUAAAACUAAAUUGCUCUUUGUGCCUGUGUUAAUUUGUACACAUUUUAUUAGUGCCACUUUGCCCCUGAAGUGAUGCUUAUUAGCAACACAGUCAACAUUGAAAUUCUGCUGGCAUCAGUAUUUCAGUACAUGAAAUUACUAGCAACAGCACUUAGACUGUGUUCAGGUUCAUAAAAAAAUGAAUAGGCUACAGUGCCUAAAACUGCUUAAAGAGGUGAUAUUUUAUGUGUGAAGCAGUAUCUCUUUCAAGCUUUUUUAAAAAUACCAGUAGUACUAGCGGUGAUUUUUUAAAUUUUUUUUUUUUUUUUAAUUCCGUGUGGAAUUCGUUAAAAUCACUGCUGUGCUUGUUGCCACGAGGAAGGAUAUUAUGUGCCAAAUAUUAUAAUCAAAAUUUUGAAGCAAAUGUGCACCCCAUUUUUCUCCUUUUUUUGUUAUGUUUCACUGUAGUCCUAAAACCAUUGACUUCAUUUCAUUGUAUUCCAGUUUUGCCUUUACUUCUGUAUGAUUUAGCUUUAAAUGGAAACUUGUCUGGUGGCUGUGCCUAAACUGAACUGACUGCCAUAAAUACGCACUGAAGCCUUUAUUGGCAAUUUGUAGUAGAGUCUGUCGAAUGUAAUUUUCAAUCUGCAUUCCGUGCAAAAGUGUUUCGUGCUCCUCCUUUCUAAUAUUGCAAAGACAAUGAGCUUGUUAAUGGUUUUAUGGAAAUGUUGUACUGCACAUGGCAGCUUUAUUGUAAAAAGAAAUUUAUUUAAAUACCUAUAAAUAUAUAUAUAAAUAUGUAUAUGUAAAAAAUAUUAUUUAUGUGCCAUUUUUAUAUUUGUAUAUUGUACUUACACAUUCAGGGCAAGUGCGUGCAAAAGGAGGAGGUUGGUUGCAGAUUUAAACUAUUUAUUUUCUUGCUGUUCCACAAAUCUAUUGUUAAAUUUGAGGGCUCUUUACUGGUUUGUAUUUACAAACACUGCUGUAGCCAACCAGAAACCAUACUGAGAGUACACUUUGAGAUAAGCCACACUACAACAUGAAGCAGUGUCCAGAAAUCCUGUUUAAAUAUACUAUACUUGUUGGUUUGAAGUUUUGUGUUACCGAUUUGAAAAACUGUGCCAUUUGCGUAAUCCUUGGGAACUCUCAAUAUUUGGCUUUAGCAAUAGUGUUGUAACAAUUUGUUUGGAAGGUUUUUACUCAUACUUCAUAAAAAAUUGAAUAAGAGGGGGGAAAAAACAAAAAUUUUGUACGUCUAUGAUCCUGCAUGGGAAACUUAAGGGCACAAAAUGUAAGAAUGUUUCCUGUCGACAGAAGCAGAGCAGUAAUAUUGCAAAGCAAUUACCUGUAGAAAUAGUAUUAUCAGUCUGGCAUUUCUCUGUGUUGUAUUGUGGCUUCAUCACAAGUGUGCACGUUAUAUCAGAUUUGCUUGUAACCUGUUCCUUAAAAAUACAAAAUACAAACAUCUGCUUGAGAGUCAAUGUACUUUGCUUUGCAGGUUCAAUGUUCAUGCCAACAUAUGGUUAUAGUACCUCUGUGGUAAAACUGUAACAUUUCUAAUUCCUUUAUACCUUUGGGCUACAGAUGGCAAAAAUUAUCUAAUUGCCAAUAUUUGGUAUUUCUUGUACUCAGUGAGUACUAUGAGGAGAACUUUUAAGGAUGUGAACAAAGUAAGUUGCUGUGUCAGUAUUAAAAUGCCUGUUCAGCUGACAAAAGGCAUGUUCUACAAAGGUGGAUUUCUGAGGUUGUUAUUAACAUAGUUCUGGUAAAAAGGUAAUUCCAGAGUAUAGCGGGUACAACUCCUGUGUAAGGAGACAAGAUAAUUUCUUCUUAAAACUGCUUGUGAUGCUGUGUAACACCUGUAAAUUGUAUGGUCUCUCAUAUAUUCGGCUAUUAAGAGAUACAACUGUGUUACAUUACAACACAUCACUGUCAAAAAUGGUUACUUCUUUUAUUAAGAUAGAAAUUAUUAAAAAGAAGAUUUUUUUGUGUUUUUUCAGUUAUAUAACUGGUUGCAGAACUGGAUACGGAGAAAUUUAAUACAUUGAUCUGCUGUUACAAUGUAAUUUGUACCACUGCAAAAUGUUGUUCCUGAAAACUAUAAUUGUAAAGUGUUUUGUGAAAUUUAUGUAGUUUGUAGUACUCCAUUUAAUUCAAUAGCAGGGUUUCAUAUUGAAAAAUUCUCUCGUAUAUUAUUGUGAUGCAUGUAUAUUUGAUAAGGGUAACUGCCUAGUGUAUAUCGUGGAAGUUGUAUGUUGUUUCACAGUUGGAUUCCACCAUGAUUGUGCCCUGUUAUGCUCUGGUCAAUUGUUAUUUCCUUUUGUACAAAACUAAAGCAUUGGCAUUUAAGAUGAAUUUCUGAGCCCAUUUUCUGCAUAAAUAAUGCACCACAGUAGAAAUGUAUUUUGAUACUGACAAUAUUAGGAUCAUUGAAUCACUUACUGUCUUUUGGAGAUCGUAGCACAGCUGAGAGCUCUUCACUUACAAAAUUUUUUCCUACAUUACCGAGUAUAAAUUGUGGAAAUUAUUGAGACUUAAAGGUGACAAUCAGAUGAAAGAUUUAAGAGAAACUACUGGUUUCUCAUUUUUCUGAAUGUAUAUAUUGUACAAAAAAGUGAGUGUGAAUGUGAAAAUGCAUGCUUGAAACAGUGGAAUGAUUUGCACUCCUUGGCAGGAGUGACAAUGCCUCAUUUAUAAUAAACAUGAAGGAAUUUUAAACAA